UCUCUUCUUCCAAAUGGUUUAUCACAAACAAGAGAUUUUGAAUAGAAUGGCAAGCAAGAUGAUCACCAAUGCCAUGCUCACUUGCUGUGUUCUUUCAGGUCUGCUUCUCUUUGUUCUUAAUUCUAACACUUGCAAUGCAGCGAGACUCACACAAAGUGAGAUGUCUACAAGCACCAGUGUGGAGUUUAUCCGCAAUUCAUGCACAAAAACAGACUACCCAACACUCUGUUUCAGCUCACUCUCUGCUUAUGCACCCACUAUCCAAACAAGUCCCAAACAACUGGCUGAGGCCGCACUCUCUGUCAGCCUAGACAGCACCAAAAGUACAUCAACAAUGAUUAAAUCAAUGUCGAAAGGCCAAGGAAUGAGUUCUAGAGAGAAAGAAGCCAUGAGUGACUGCAUGGAUACCUUGCAAGACUCUGUGGAAGAGCUCAAACAGUCUCUGAAAGCCAUGGGAGAGCUGAAAGGUAAGGAUGUGAAGCUUCACAUGAACGACAUACAAACAUGGGUGAGUUCUGCAUUGACAGACGAGAACACCUGCAUGAAUGGAUUCACAAACAAUGAAAUCAAAGAUGAAGGUGCUGAGAAUAAGGUGAGAAGCCAGGUUGUGAAGGUGGCUCAGCUUACAAGCAAUGCCUUGGCACUCAUCAAUGGCAUGGCUGGUGCUCAAUCCUCUGCUCCUUGAUCCUAUAUUUCUAUCUCUAUAGUUUCAAGCUGUUGUACUUGUACUGGUGAAGAAGUUUAUGAUAUAAAUGUUUGGUUCAGUGAGGAGAUAAGUUUGUGUUAUUCCUGUGUGACUUAUAUGUCUAUGUUAAAGAAUUAAUACAAGCAUAGUUUUAGCUGAA